CGUAUCACAUCUGCUUCUGCCCUUUUCUUUUUUCAGAAGAAAAAAACUAGCUCUCUGAAAUGAGCUUGCUUUGCCUACAGUGUCUUUGAAAUCAAGAUCCUAAUUUUGCAGCCUAGCCUGGUCCUGAGUAAAACUGUGUGUGUAUACACACACUAUAUUUUAUUUUCCUAACUUGGCAAAUAGAGGAAGGGAGCAUGUUGCAGUUCAUAGAAUCCGAUACAUGGAAGCCAAAUGCAGGUUUCAAACUGAAGUGCUAUAGUAUCUGUGCUGUGGGCAAGGAUUAUGAAGGGAGAGGGGUGGGGAGAGCAGAUUAGAGAAAAGGCAGAUGAAUUGGAAAGGAGGAGGCAGGGGAACAAAACUUAAUUCACCAGAAAGUAGAGAUUCAGGUUAAUAAGAUAUUUUAAAACCAUUUCAAAUUCAAAUAUUAACAAAGUAAGGUCAGAAUGUUUUAUUUUGAUUAUUCUAUAAGCAGAAUAAGUUUUUUUAGCUUUGAAAUCAUCUUUCAACUUUGAAUUUUAUUUUUUUGAAAUGACAUUUUAAAAUGUACAAACACAUUGAACAAAACCAGCUGAAUAUCAACUGGAAUACGAAAGAAUAGAUCCUGACCCCUUCCUCAGCUUCCCAGCCCCACUGCUCUCCAGUGAAUGACUUGCUGAUUCAGUACAUAAAUGCUCAUUUGAACUAAUGGCAUAGGAGAGGUUUCCGUUAUCGGAUUACUUUGGUUUACAUUAUUAAUGUGGCAAUGUUAUGUCCAGAUAAAACAGCAAUUAGCUAUUUCCAAUCACAUAAUUGUUAAUCGUUUCCUAAAAGGUGGGAAGUAGCAUGCUGGGACUCCUCUGAUGAUUGCUGGAGAGAGCAACAGCAGAACACGGAGCAUUUUUAAUCUUUUGUAUCCAGCAUUUAUGUACUUACAAUAAAAACAAAGUACCAUUUACAAAUCCGAUGUCAUCUACUGAAACUUGUAAAAUUUUGGAACUAAGUAAGGUGGGUGUUUUUUUUUCAAAGCAAUUGAGAGUUAUUCUUGUUAUGACUGCUUCCUGUUCCUGUGCUGAAUUAAGCUGGGACAGCAGCAGUGUGGUUGGUAGGGCUCAUUUCCCCACUUCCCCCCCUCCAAUUUAAUUUACAAGCUGCUGGAGAUCGUCCAACAGGAAAUCCAGUCUUAUUGAGAAAACCAUUGAGAAAACCUACAGGAGAAGAUACUGGCUUUAAAUGCUAGUGUGGUUUCAAAUGAGAUCUAGAAAUGUUUCCAGGAACCCAGACAAGAGUUGGUCCCUCCUCAUGCCAGGCUUUGCCGAAGCUGAACCCCUUGGCACACCUUUCCACAGCAGCCCAUGGACAGGAUCCUGUGUGAGUGGUCAGGGAACCAACCUGCAGAAGACCUUGCAGAACCAGGUGAGCCUGGUCACCCCAACAUUUCCUGAGUCCACCUGCUUAGGUGCUGAUUUGGGGGAUUUUCCACAGCUUGAGGUGGAAGCAUGAGGUGCUGUCAGCCUGGUCCCAUGCUGCAAGACCCCUGAGAGCACAGCAUGCCCAUGCCGUAGCACCAGUACUCCCACAUCAAACCUUGGAGCAGUUUGAAAAUCCAACAGAGCUGCUGUGUGUCUGCAGACAGGCACAGAGAAAGGGUGAAAUGUCCCUUCUUUGUCUGUUUCCUCUGAAGAGAAAAAGUGAACAAGAAUUGAAAUUCCUGGGAGAAAACUAAGAAACCCUACCUGGAGGACCAUGUUUUUUUUUAAUACAGGAUAAAUCAUUUGACAUAUGCAGGGAAACCACACUUGGGUGCCUCUGCUGACUGUGCAGGAAUAUGAUCUUGCAGGGCUAUAUAUAUGAUGUCUGCUCCAAGACCUGUCAGAUACUGGAAAUACAGACAGAUAUAGUACUGUGGCUGCACUGACAGUGAGAAAUCUGAGGUUCAACAGCUCCAUGGAUGACAUUGCAAUUAAAAGGGAUAAAAACAAUAAAAAAAAAGAUGCUCACAAGGUAUCGAUUUACAGUGAGCUCAAGUCUCCAGUUUGUGGAGAGUUGUUUGCUUUUAGAGAGGAUGGUAUGCUGCUCCCAGCAAAGCUAUGUAAACAUUUUCUACCAAGUCAGAAUGUUUUUCCUAGAGCUAUCUCAUGCAUACUGAAGUUCUUAGCUUCAGUUCAGAAGUGUAUUUUACUAGAGAAUUCACAUAAGCAAAAAUGAAGCUCUAGGACCUGAUCCUAUAAAUCUCAUCAGUCAAAGGGAAACAUAAAAGCAUAAAAGUUAUGCUACUGUGGAGAUGAAAGCCAGAUACUACAUAGCAGGUCAAAAGCCAGACAAGACAGGCCAGAUGCAGAAGAAAGUAAGUUCAGCUUCAUAAUCACAUUUGUGGCGUUAUGUUUUGAUUUUUUUUUAAUACUAUGUCUAUAAAAUGCACUCAGAGUGCACCCUUUCCAGAAACUCAAACAGAGAUUUAUGUGUUUCAGCCGCUACUGAUCUAGUGUGACUGGAUCAUCGUGAAAUAAAAAUGUUCAGGGUAAUCCAACUGAACGCAAUUUGUGUAACAAAAAAAAAAAUUAAUGUUUACAUCUGAAAAAGUUUGCAUAGUCAAGACUACUUGACCUGUUGUUAAGCUUUAUGCUUCAGUGCUAUGUUGGGAAACACUGUCAGCUUUUUAGACUGAAAGGCUCGAGGUCAGACUGGAAAGCUCCUAACCCUUCUCUGAUUUCCAUGGGGAAGAGCAGAGCUGAGGAUCAGACUUCAAGGUACAGGAAUGCAAACACUUGGGACUGUGCACAGCUCAGAGGGCUGACUGAGCCUGCCUCACAGGGCUCUGUGCUUGGCAUACACUGGUUUGUGUGGCUCCAUGCAGCACUGAAUACUGCAACCCCGCCAGCAGUGUGAUAACUAGCCUGGGGAGAGCAUGUUGAGCGAUGUACCCACUUUCUGCACUGAGGUUUGGGGUUCACUUUGCAAGGCAUCACCAGCUUUUGGCUUUCAAAGAAUGAUGCUCAGCAGAAGCUACUCCUUGAUGAAAGGAGAAGGUCCCGAAUAUCCCCGGCCACUAGAAAGUUGGGAGGAAUCGGCUUCAGAUGUAUCUGCCAGAAACGUCUGCUGCGCCUGGCUGGGUGUGCUCACGCCUGGCAGACGCGCAUGCGUAUGUCGCAAUAACCAGAAGGAAAUGUUACUCAGCUCCGUCUUCCUGAGGGUCUGUGGCACAGAGGUAUCCAUGCUGUCCCACGGAGAGAGGCUUCGACAGAGACAGCAAGGGAGGCAAGGUGUGUAUGUUUUGCUCUCGACCUGGUCAUCAGCUUGCCUGCGCGCUGCCCCUGCCUCCAGCCCGAAUCUGCUCAGAAUUCAUCGGAGAGUUUGUGCUCGUCGGGGAAACGGAGGAGUCCCGACCGCAGCCAGCCGCAGACAAAAGCAGAGCAAGCAGCCAAGCACUGAUCAGCUCUUCUGCACCUGUGUUAUCUCUGGAUUCAUCUGUCUGCUCCUGAAAUGGAGUACUCCUGGUAUUGGCUUGAUGAUUCUGAGCAGUGGAUUGAGUAUGGGAAAGAGCCAAAACACGACUCUAUCUUGUUCUAUCUAUCCUCCACAAUGGGACCAGUCUGCACUACCCGACAUUGGGUUCAAGUUGAUACAGCUCAGCUUUGAUUCCCACGAAUAUGGAAAAAUCAAAAGGCUGUUUGAAAAGACGAUGAAAGAUUAUUGCAUCAACCAACUUCAGAGGAUCCAGAACCCAACACUUUGGGAACUUUUUCAUUGGCAAAAAGAGAAGAUGAAGAAGGUCAAUAAAUCAAAAAGGGUGGAUGAGCGGCUCCUGUUCCAUGGGACAGAUCCAUCCCACGUGUCUGCCAUCUGUGAGCAGAACUUUGACUGGAGGCUCUGUGGGACUCAUGGGACAAUGUAUGGAAAAGGAAGCUAUUUUGCCCGAGAUGCCAGCUAUUCUCACCAAUACUGUUCCGCUCGCAGUGGUCGCUACACCAUGUUUGUAGCUCAAGUUCUUGUUGGAGACUUUGUUCAGGGAAACUCUGAAUACUGUCGCCCUCCAGCCCGAGCCAGCAAUUCAAACAGACUUUAUGACAGCUGUGUGGAUGACCCAAUAGACCCUUCCAUCUUUGUCAUCUUUGAGAAGCAACAAAUUUACCCUGCCUAUAUCUUGGAGUACAGCAUUGAGACCCAGUGUGUGGUCCUGUAAUGAAUGGUGGAAUCUCCUUUGAAUUCAUAUCGAAUAAAUUACUCUUUAUAAUUAUUUUUUAA